UGUGCAUGGGGGUCCGCUACUCGCCACUCGUCGUCGACAAAUGAACCUUUAUUUCUCCAAGCUAACGACCUAUUCUUGAUCAGGACAACAUGUUUCGUCGAUCAAGAUUUAGUGUUCGACCCAAUGUUGGUACAGCGGGGAGAACAGCAGCAACACCUCAGGAAGCCCUUUCAGCAAGUCAGGAGGCUGGUGGUGAGACCCCCAAAGACGUCAGUGAGAGCUGCACAACUGAUGCUGCUGUGACAGAAAACAAGUCUGAGGCGACGCCUUCAGAAAAACCUACAUCCACGGGGGAUGGUAAUGAUCAAAAUGGAGAAGGUACCAGCACCUCAGCGGCGGUCCAGAGAAGGAAGCGGUUUUCCAUCAAGCCGAAAGUGGCUCCAGGCCGACUGUCCACCCUUUCCCGGACGCCAAAGUCGCCCGCUAAGGCCGUCGCCGAAACCUCCAUCUCAGACCUCGACAAACUGACAACAUCCAGCCAACCUGGGACUCCAACUUCCCCCCGAGGACUCCAAUCGCCAAGGCGACGGAGGUCUUCGGAGGACAGCAGGCAGCCCAAAGUGCAGCCCAAAGCCGUUAUCUCAUCGGACACUUCGGGACCUUUAGCUGUCCCUUCAGCGGACGAUUCACAAGAACAGACACAUCUGCCAGCAGACAGUGGCAAACAGUUAGAAAGCACUUCAGACGGUCCAGUUAAAAAAGUCUCCUUUGCACAACCGGAUAAAGUCCAACCCUCGCUAACAGACAAAGAAGCUACAGAGAUAUCGGAGAAAGCGAGGACUCUCGUCUCGUCUAAGGGCAGCCUUUCGGUGACAUCUCCAGCAUUCUCCUUGAGCAGACUCCUGAACGACCCGUCUGACAUGCAGAGGAUCGCAAAGGCUCAAAAACUCAGAGAGCUACUCAGACAGGAGAUGCACAGAGAAAAAGAGAAGAAGAAAAUUAAGGUAAUUAAAAAGGAAUUUUCUUUGGAUCCUGCUAAAAUGACCAUGAGGGACCUUAUCCGUUACAUGCCUGAGUCUAACCCCAUGACAAAAAUUGAUCAAUUGAUUGUCUUGGAAUGUGUUGGAAAGAUGUUUGUCUUAUGUGACUUCAAUUUUUCAACUUGUUUUUUUACCAGAUCUAGUCUAGAAGAAACCGUUAUCGAGAACGAGACUGUGAUCCCGCCUUCACCUGCAAGAGAAGCGUCACCAGAGAGAGCAAAGGAACCAGAACCUGUCCCUGAAAUCACAAGCCCGAGGGAGGAGGAAGAGGAGGGGGCUCAGGAGGAGGACGGGGAGAACCAGGAGGACCAGGAUGAUUCGCUCAUGGUCCCUCAGGUCAAAGUAGCAGAGGAUGGCACACUGAUCAUCGAUGAAGAGAGUCUGACAGUGGAAGUCCUGCGAGCCAAAGGGCCGAACCCAGCAAACGAUCGGGACCCCAUCUUUGAACGAGGCUCCACUACAACAUACGCAAGCUUCAGGAAACCGACCUAUUCCAAGCCCUGGUCUAGUGAAGAAACCGACAUGUUCUUCCUGGCAAUCAGCAUGGUGGGGACGGACUUUUCCAUGAUUUGUCAGCUGUUUCCUCACAGAUCUCGAUCGGAGAUAAAGAACAAAUUCAAAAAAGAAGAACGAGAAAAUUCCUGGAGGGUUGACAAAGCUUUCAGAGAGAGGCGCAAAUUGGACAUAGAGUAUUUCUCUAAGCUGCUGGAGAAGAUCCUGGAAGUUCAGAAAACCAGGAAGAAACUCAAAUCUGUCACUGUGAAGAAUUCUCCUAAGAAGGAAAAGAAAAAGAGAAAAAGCAGAAAAAACUCAAAGAAGUUGAGUGAUGUGGAGGAGGAAGAUGAGGACAAUGAGAACAGCUUACCUGACUUGGAGGGGGAAGGAGAAAAAGAAAACGAGGACCUCUGUAAUGAAGGAGGAGCCGAGGUUUCUAAGUUCAAAAAGAAACGCAAAAGAAAGAGCGACGCCUCGAAGGAGGAGCCAAAAGACAAGAAAAACAAAGCGGGUAAAAAAGACAAGGAACAAGAUGAUUCCUGCAUACCAGAAGACGCUGAAGCAGCACUUCCCGCGGAAAACACAAAUUCAGACAUGUCUGAAAAGAGUGGGGAUGUGAAUGCAGCCAAUGACACUACAAUUAAGCCGGCUAAACUGUCUCGAGGCAAAGCACCAAAACCACUUUUGCCUUUGGGCAGGAAGUGGGGCAAAAAGCCUCCCAAAGCUUCCACAAAGGCCGGAGAUGCUGCGUCCGAUAAGGGGGACGAGAGUGAGACAGAGGGAACAUCCACGGAGCAGUUAAACAAAGAUGCAUCACCUCUAAAACAAGCAAAUAAAAAGUCAGACAAUGAUGACAAUUCCUCUGAAGAAGAGGAGACAACUGUUCAACCUGUAAGACCCACCAGAUAUGGGAGAGUGCCCAAACCCACUAAGCCUUUGAACUACCCAGCCAGAGAGGAUGCACACUCCUCUGCAUCUGAAAGCACUUCUGCGCCUUCUGCUCGGCCUGAACCCAAACCCCCUGCCAAGAGAGGAAGAACGUCAAAGGCCCAAUCAGCCCAAGAGUCCAAAAAGCCCAAGCUGGUCACCCUCAGGGCCUCUCAGUCAGACUACAGCGAUGAAGACAAUGACGAGCAGUGGGAGGAACAAGUGGCGGAGCAGCCUGCAUGUGGCUCCAGUAAUGACAGCAAUGCACCGGCGUUUGUGCCUGCCAGCCUGCGCUCCCCACAUCCCAUGAUGUCAGAAGUGGAAGAGACUAUGGAGGAGCUUGAUAUCUUGGCCAAUAUGCCUGAUGUGUUGGGCAUCUCCCAAGAUGCUAUGUGCCCUGAUGCCUCUUGUGAGCGGGCACAAAAUGAGACAGGCACAGCUGAACCCUGUGAACACCAAUUGGACCUGCUAGUUGAUGUUAUAGAAUUCCUUUCUUCAGAACACUCAGAAGUAACUGAAGAUGAGAGCUACAACGAGGCCGCUCAGACCUUGUUGACCAUCGGCAAUCUGGCUCACCUCUCUCAACCAGACCAGAAUCAAUUAGUCACACAAGAACAAACAACAGAGACGAUAUCAGUAAAUCUGAGUGAAGCUAGUCCACACCUGGAGGAAGAGAUUGCAUCAAUGCCUUAUGCACAAGAAGAAAACAGUGCCACUCCUUUUUUGCCUGCAACUUCUGGCCAAACCUCAGAAACCACUUUGGAGCUUCAAAGUAGCACGACAGAUGAUGAUGGCUUGCAAAGUAGUAAUCAGCAGACUGGUAUUGAUGUGGACUCUACCACUAAAUUACAUGCAAGUCCAGAGGGUUCAAAGAAAGGUUCUACACCAGCCAAGAGGGGACGAUUAUCCAAGGUGAAACCAAAACCUAACCUAGGCCGAGCCUCGAGGGCUGCCCAGUCGCAAUCCCAACCUGACACAUCUGUUGCUGAACAGAGCCAUACGGAUUCCCCAAACCUUGUUCAAGCCACUGGGACACUAUCAGCUGCAGAAGAAAUCCCUGAAGUAGUAUCCCACCAUGAAGACAUGUUGAAAGAUGACAAUGUGCUUUUGAGUUGCUCAGAUGUCAAAUUUACAGAAGAGCAAUCUGGCAGACAGGAGAGGUCCGAUGCACCAACAUCAGGUCCAGAGGCGCAAAGGCUCAAGGACAGCGUAGACUCAUGGUCCACAGACGUCAUGCCCGAAUCUCAUGUUUGGACCACUCAAAGUAGCACAAAUAAUCUGGUGACAUCUGACACAGCAGUCAAAGAUUUACAGAUUGGACUAGCGACAGAUGUAGACUCAGCCUCAGUCCAAGAAAGCAGCGAGCAUCUGGCUUCAGGUGUAACAUCUGUAGAAGAUUUACCUGACAGUCAGAAACAAGAGAGUAGAAGUGCCUCUCCUCCCAAGACCGGGAUAAGUCGAUUCCAGAAAGUCAAACCCAAACCCAACCUAGCAAAGUCUUCAAGAGCUGUACAUUCUAAACCUCAAACGACCAAAGAAACCGUAAAGAAAGACCCCAACCCAACUCCAAACAUUGAAAUCCCUUCAGCAGAACCCAACUCUCUUGAAAAAACAGGUCAUCGAUCUGCUUCAGAUUCGACACCUUCAUUGGAAUUUGGCCCUGCUCUUACUUUGUCAGAGGAAAUACCUAACAUAGACAAGAAGACAGUUGUUGGACUCGUUGGUGGUGAGGAUAAUUUGGGAAGGACCACUUUAGACCCGGAUUCUUCAGAAAACCAGAACGUUUCUGUAGCCCCAUCGAGUACAGAACAGGCUGCAGAAGAAACACAACCAACACCUAAGUCCACAGGAGGAGGUGGUGGUAAUCAGCUGAAAUCAGACACCGUAGUUACAGAAUCACAAGUUGAACAAGAGCCAAAAAAAGACUCUGCCCCAGCUAUGCCUGCAGAAGUUUUACCUGUCAGCCAGAAACAGGAUAACGAAGGAGCAUCAACUUGCAAGACCAGGAUAAGUCGAUUCCAGAAAGUCAAACCCAAACCCAACGUAGCACAGACAUCAAGAGCUGUACGUUCUAAACCUCAAACCACUAAAGAAACUGUCGAGGAACAAUCCCAGCCAACUCAAAACCCUGACGUCCAUGAAAAAACAAUGGACGUUUUUGUAGAACAAACUUGCAUCCCAUUAACUGAAAAUCCGAAUGAAGGCGUUGGACUUGCUUUAGAUCUAAUGCCAUCUUCGGUUCCAGGAACUUCUCUUGCACCCACGGAGGAAAUGACUACAACUGAGCGAGAAAAGAAAGAAAUUGGAGCUGCUCGUUGUCAGUUUGAACCUGGUUCAGCAACAUUUGACCAGAGACCCACAGAAAGCCAGAUCUCAUCUGAAGCCCAGUCUGAUACAAAUCUGACUACCAGAGAUACAACGUCAACAUCUCAGCCCAAGGUGCAAGAUUUGGUGCCUCAUGUUGGGACAACUGAAAGUAGCUCUAGAGAUUUGCAAACAUGUGUGGUCACAGAAUCCUCAGGUGACCAGGGGUCAAAUAUAGACUCAAUUAAACAAGAUUUUCUUGUCAGUCAGAAACAUGAGAGUGAAGAUGCAUCCUCUCCCCAGACAAGAAGAAGUCGAUUCCAGAGAUUUAAACCAAAACCCAAUGUAGCUCUGACAUCAAGAACUGUACGUCCUAAACCACCAACCACUAGCAACGUUGUAGAGAAAGACUCCAUUGAAAUUCCAAAACCCACACUACAAGAAGAAACAAAGGUUGAAUUUUUGGGCCAACCAGCCUGCACGACAUCUCCUGAAAAAACAAGUGAAUGCACUGGUCCUGCCCCAGAUGAUGUAUGGUCAUUGGAUUUGGGAUUUCCUCCUUCACCCAAAGAUAAUGUUUCUAUAAAUGAGGAGAAAAAGACAGAUGUUCAAGAUCUUGGUGGUGGGACAGUCCCUCCUGAAAAGCUAGGAGAAAAUGAAAGUACUGGUUCUGUUUCAGCUUCAAAAUCUUCACUGGAAUUACGCUCUACUCAAAAAGCAUCGGAGGACUUAUCUUCAAGUGAGGAGCCGGUGACAGAUGUUGGACUGGACUCAAGCUCGGAGGGCUCACAACAGAGUGUAACCCAAAGAAGGCGACGGGUUUCCAGAGUUAAACCCAACAUUGGAUCGUCAACCAGAGCUAGACAGACUCAAAUGCAGUCAGAUGAUACAAGUAGAACUUCCCAACAAUGCAAAGAGGACACUCUUGAAAAUACCAGUCAACAAAGGGAACUGGAAUCCACAGACAAAGACAGCAAGGAUUUAAAGACGAUUCAAUGUUCGUUACAUACAGAACUUCUCAGCUCAACAAAGUCAGGGCCUUCAGAGUCUCUAGAUAUCUUAAAUGACAAGGCUGUGUCGUUGACUGCUGAUGAUCAGUCUGACUCAGUUCUUGAAAAUAAAACCACUGAAAAAUUAAACGUUGAAUGGGACAAAAUGCCCACAAGUGACAAGGCGGGGGCUGGACCUGCUGCACAUUGGGACCUCAAACAGGACACAUUUAUUGGAGCUAUGGAAGCAAAUACCCAACCAACAGAGAUGCCGACUACUAUCUCUGAUGCUCAGUCUUCAGAAGGAGGCUCCACAGAGUCACACAUUAAGUCUAAUCUCCCUACUAAUAACCAGUCCACAUCAGAUUCAGAAGGAAGCACUCAGCUGCCAAAGUCACAAUGUCAAGAAGUCCAACAAUGCUCUGAAACCAAUCAAACAACUGCACAAAGCACUCCCAAAGAUCAUUUGGAACAAACAGACUCUUUAAAGUCAAGAAAAGACCCUCUGAGUCGUAGAGGCCGGUAUGUAAAACCCAAACCUAACCUUGGACGCAGUCGCCAACCUCCCCAGUCCCAACAAGUCCAGGACGCAGAGCAAGCAGAAGCAGAUUCCGUUCCUACCUCAGAAGGCGUGGAUGCCUCUGUUUCUCACAGAGCUCUGCCUGAUCUUCAACCUGACAUUCAAGAACAAGUAGAAGAAGCUCUUAGCCAAUUAAGUAGCCAGAAUUUACCUCCAACUGUUGCUGGAUCCUCGUUUGGCUGUGUAUCAGAAGCACAGGACCAUUCGACUCAGGAUGCACCAAUGCCAAGUACAGAAGAGUCUUUUAGUGAUCCCAGUUUCUCAAUAUUUCCAGACAUGCUGUCAGGGCAGAUGCCUUCAGACUCGGAGGAAAAGUUUAUCAUCCUCUCUCUGAUUGAGAUCCCUGUCUGCCAACAAGAAGAGAUGCUGGGAGUGUUCCUGAGCCUCUUCCUUGUCCUCCUGUCACAGAGGCGUCGAUACAGCAGCAGAGUGUUCCUGCAGAGUGUUCGACAGCUGCAGGAGUUGAGAGUCUUUCUAACGCUGCUCUCACUGUGUCCAUGGAGGAGAGUGAGGAGACCGGCCUCAUCAAUGACAAAGAUUCUGGAUCCAACGCCACUACUUGUGCGGUUUCAGUCCCUGAGAAUCAAGGGGAUCCACAAGAGAGUACUGCAGUCCAGCUAUCCACAUUACCAGAAACCGUGGAGGGUACUGAGGAGACUGAAACCCCGCCUACAAAGCAGAAACUUCAGGGUACAACAAGAAGAGCCAAACGGCAGGUAAAGCCCAACACUUCAAGGAAGCAACAAGCCAGCACGACUGUCACUGCUGAUGAAGAAGAGUCACCCCCGCUCCAAACAAACACCACUGAGGAGUCAGAGCUCCCCGGGCUUUCUGUGCAGCCAAGAGAAUCUGAGGAGCAGCAGCAGAAGAAGAAAGGUGGCAGACGUAAAGAUGAUUCAAAGAAAGCUCCAACUGGUUCAAAGGACGCUGAAGAAAGCAGCUCAGCAAGACCGACAAGAGUAACCCGUAAUAGAAAUCCCAAAGGCUCCCUUCCUGAGACGAACAAACGGCCCCUCCCAGCUGUUCUACGCCUGUGAGAGCAACAUCCAAGGCUCAGAAAGUCAAAACCCCACGUGCAGCAAGAAAACAAUCCGCACCAGAACCCGAAGCCUCAACAUCGCAUGAAGUCGCUCCCACAUUCAGCUCAGUAGAAACCUUAGAGGAACAACCCCUUUCAACAUCUCUUUCAGAGCUGAACAUCAGCCAGACGUUUGGCUUCGGACAGGGCUUGGACCCGGCGCUCGCUCCGUCUCAGUCUUUUCUUGACGUUUUUUCCUCCAGCAGAGUCUGGAUCUGGACGGCAGCUCGAUAGAAGAGGCAACCAGCGUGUCUCAGUACUUCUUAAGUGACAUUUUUACAGACGUGGAGGAGGGCUGAGAGCCACAGAGAGGUGAGGUGAGAGAGCACGGACCUGCCACUGGCUUGCUUUUUAACAUUUUGUUUUUGUUGUGUUAUAUUUGUAAAGUGUAAUUUAUUACAGAAAUGUUUUGUUGUUUUUUUGCUGUCAGUUAUGAUGGGAAGAUAGAUUUACUUAAUUGACAAAAUUCUUUUUUUUUUUUUUCCCAAGCACUUUGAAUAUGUACAUUCAUUGAAUUACUCUGAAGUUCCUUCUUGUUGAAAAGCCAUUAGAUCAGAUAAUAACUAGUUUAACUCACUUUGGCAGCUUAUCCCCAAUCACUCACUUAAGCUAGCUACACACAAGAAGAUUUUAGGCCUCUCAACGAUCAGACAGGGGAGGGGCGUGGCCUGAUUCAAGACUUGUUAAGAGCAACUAUUUGUCCAAAUGUCCUCAAGUGUGUUGUGCCAAUACGAUCAUUAUGCUGAUCCUGAUCGAGUUGGAGCCUCCCCAAUCUAGAAUUACGGGUCGUGCUGCCUCCGACUUAAUGCCCGCAAUAGCCAAUGAGAGCAAGCAGACCGGGAUGCAUCACCAAUCGGAUUUUGCGUACUUGUUCAGCUCACAAUAGUGUUGUAAUCAAGACCACAUUAACUAAGACCAAGACAUACCCGAGACCAGAGUGCUCCAAGGAGACUCAGACAAGACCAAGACUUUUAGGGAUAGAGACCGAGUCAAGACCAAGACCAAGGCAGGGCAAGACCGAGACAAGACCAGGACCAUAAAUAUCACAGAAAAAUCCUCAUCUUGUGUGCAGGGUGCUUGUCACUCACUUUGUCCGUGACACCAGGAAGGUUGCAUCUGUAACCGUUGGAUAAAAAUCAAACUAGAAAUGCCUGAAAGAGACUUUUUCCUUCUAAUCACAGGAAUGAUGUUAAAAUAGCCUGUCAGUGGUGGUCUUGAUUUAAAACCCAGAGUCCGCCCAGUCUGAGACCUAGACCUUCAAAAAGUGGUCUUGAUGCCGGUCUUGAGACCAAAACUGAUUCAGAGUACUACAACACUAGCUCACAAACAUGAAGGGGAACAUAAACAUGUCUCGUGUAAGACAUACCGCAAUAUGGCCGACUGAUGUUGAUCGUCCUCCAUAUUUGUAGUUCUUCAUCACGCAAGGUCCUGUGGGAUGUCGUUACUUCAAACAACUGGUGUGUGGUCUCUUGGUCUGGCUGAGUCGUGUGUGUGUGUGUGUUCGGAGGAUUAUAAUUUAAAAAAUCAGUGACUCUCCUCUCGUCUGUGGUCUCCCAUGUUUUUAAAAUCCUCUAGUGUGUAGCUGGCCUCAGUAUUAAGCCUCGGACGCCCUCAUUUGGUACCUGUAAAUGUAAAUAUUGUACAAAUAUGAACCAGUUAGUGAUGUUUGUCUUUCAUACCUUUUCUGUUUUCAUACUUGCAAAGACAGAAGUCUCAGGAAGAACAACAGAUUACUUGACAUCAUGUACAGUUCUAUGUUCGAAUUUGUAAAAUGUCUCUUGUUUAUUUUGAGCUCAUUGUAAAACAUCUGUUACAAGAAACGCUUCUUUUUUUAUUUGACACAAACAGUCUUUAAUUAGCUCGUUUUUUACAAAACAAAGACAAGGCCAGGAGCUGUAAAAGCAUAACGUUACACACCUCUGUAUCACCGUGUACAGAGCCGAGGUUGUUCAACUUUGUUUACAGAACUUUCAGCAGUCUUUUCAUUUCACUGUGAGAAUGUGUUCAUGGGUCCUAUACAGAUGUUCAACAUUCAGAUUUAUUAUGUUUGAUACCUAAAACAGAAAACACUUCACUUGUUCUUCACUUUAGAUGUUCCACUUGUUGUUUACAGUAAAAACUGGAAUUAUGUAAGAUAUGAAUAAAAUGUAUUCUUCGACCACUACUUGA